AUGGACAACUACUUAGAUGAUCCAAGCUCCUAUCGAAGACUAAUAGGGAAGUUGCUCUAUCUCACCAACACUAGACCUGAUUUGUGUUUUUCUAUUAAUUUAUUGAGUCAAUUCAUGCAAUCUCCAACUGAUUACCACUACCAGGCUAUUCAACAUGUGCUUAGAUACAUAAAGUCUAAGCCAUCAGAGGGAUUAUUCUUUUCGGCAGACUCUCCCACCCACCUAAAGGCCUUCAGUGAUUCAGAUUGGGCCACCUGUCCCAAUACUAGAAGAUCCACUACAAGGUUUUGUGUCUUCCUUGGAUCAUCCCUCGUCUCAUGGAAAUCCAAGAAACAAAGCAUUGUAUCCAGAUCUUCAACUGAGACAGAGUAUCGUGCUCUAGCAGCUACUACUUUGAGAUACAGGGAUACACUAUCUCUUAGAUGA